AUGGAACUUACAAAGUGGAAAAAAGUAGAAAACGAAGCAGGAUAUCCUUGUUACAUUGAUGAAGCUAGCGGCAAACAAAGUUAUAAUCACCCUCAGUUUAACAAAAUCUUGAAAACCUUGGACGAGUAUAAUGAUAUUAAGUAUAGUGCUUAUAGGAUAGCGUUUAAAAUAUUCGCUCUUCAAAGAAGCCUUAAAGUUCCACCGCUACGUAUUAGUUCUGGUGUCUUUGCCCGUCACCAGCUAAGUUUGUCUGAAAGUAGUCUCUCUCUCGACACCGCAGAACUUGAAGCUGUUCUCGCCGAUAUAUAUUUUGCAGCCGAAAAAGAAGGACUGUUUACUGGCGAUGUGGAUUUAUCUGUGGAUCUGUUAAUUAAUUUAUUACUCAAUGUUUAUGAUGGAGAAAGAAAAUCACCAAUCCGUGUUCUAGCAGCUAAGACCUUGUUAAUAUUACUCAGUGAGGAUUCAAUAUCGGAGAAAUGGUUGGCGUUAGCAAAUUGUUGUGCUGAUCAUAAUGGCUGUGUGUCUCGGAAGAGACUUGCUGCCUUACUGAUACAUGUCACAGCUUUACCUAAAUACCUCGGCUGCCAAUGUGAUUAUUUAGAGAAUGAUGUGGAUAACUGCUUUGAAAAAAGUGCUGGUAUGCUUGGUAUAAGCGCACACACAGUAGCUGAGUGGGGCACUCACUGUGCUAGCACACGGUGGCUGGGUGUGGUGCAGCGUGUGUUGGACAGCAGGAACUGUGCUACGGCCAGCGCUGUCUGUGCUAUCUGUGCACAACCCCUUAUACAGGUAUUAAAAUUCAAGUGUUCGAAAUGCAAUAACAUAUACUUCUGUGAGAAGUGUUAUCUUUAUGGCAAAGAUUUGACAGUUGUGUCCGGACAUAAGAAAACUCAUUCAAUACAUGAAAUCAUUGAUGGGGAGAUCAAGCCACCAGAACACUUAGGUUUCAUUGAAGGUAUGAGCAAAUUUGUUGAAGAUAUGGAAAGAUUAUUUUUAUGUAUGGGAACUAAAAAGAAGAAGCCAAGUAGGAGAGGUAAAGACAGAAAUGAUGUAUUAACAAGCCAAUCAACUAAAACGAGGGAAGUAACACCGAGUAUGUUUACUUCAACUGUGGGAAAAGCUUCCGGGAAUAAGGCUAACAAUCCCGUGGUCACACUGCAAGAUAUUAUAACACAGUUGGAAAAUCAAAAUAAAGCCUUAAUGGAACUAUCAGGGCAAUUGCAAGAUGGAGGGAAGGAUACAAAUAAUGAACUGAAAGAAAGGGUUGAUGCACACUACAGUCAAAUAUCAAAACAGAUUAACAGGUUGAAAAGUUUAAAGGAUAACAUAGCGAAUCCAGAUUUGUCAAAUGAGUUAGUUGUAGAAAAAGAUGUAUGGCCUAGAGCUUUCGAAAUUUUCAGUCCGAUCCCAGUUGCCGAGAAACAGUCGAAGGUACCCAAAAAUUUAGAGCAGACAAAAGUUCUCAGUAUGGAUUCGGAGAAUUUAUUGGCAACCUCAAAAAAUCACAGUCAGGAGUUACUUACUAUGUCUGGAGAUUUCUGGAAACCCAUAGUCGGUCAUACAUCUGAUAGUGUUUCAACUGUGUCUAUGAAUGAUAUAAGCAAUUGGUACUAUGAUAGUCAGCCUAGUCGUGUGGAUAGUAUAUCUCGCACAGAACAACGGUACUUGUGUGACGCGCGCUCAGUACAGAAGGGUACAGAAAGAGUGAGGGAACUCAGCGCAGACAUUGAUUCUGUUCUAGACAGGCUGCAGGAAAUAGUCACACAAACAUUCACUGUAGAUGGUUCCUGUUUCGACAACGCACAACUAAAGAAAACAGCGCACGAACUAGAAGGAUUACUCGGAACACUUAUACGUGGGGUCGAACAACGAGCUACACUUAAGGCUAAUAAAACUCUAGUUUAA